GGUUGUGCAUUGUGCUUAGUGUGUCAGUACUGCAUCCACCGAGGAGGAGAGGGCCACGCACGGCCUCCGUAACCUCUGAGCUGUAAACCUGCAACCACACACUGAAGGAGAGUCAGGAGGAGGAAUCUGGGAACCAUAAUCUGCAGCGUUUCCUGGACUGAGUCGCUCCUUUGUUGCCGCCAGUCUCCGGGGCUGCAGGAGGAGAAGCUGGGAGAGGACGCGUCUCCUUUAUUAAAUCCCGAUCUGUCGGUGGCGGAAGGAAGGGACGUGAUAUGAACCCAUCAUCGGCUUUAAACGGCAGUGCAGCUAAUAAAUAGCCCCGUUUUCAGGGGGAGGGGAGACAUCAGAGAGGACAUUUGUACCUUUAACCUUAAAAAAAAAAAAAGACUUGACGACGGAAGCUGCAGCGAUGCCCGGGUUUGAUUACAAGUUUCUGGAGAAGCCAAAGAGACGCUUCCAGUGUCCGCUCUGCAGCAAGGCGAUGCGGGAGCCCGUCCAAGUCUCUACCUGUGGACAUCGCUUCUGUGACACCUGUCUGCAAGAAUUUCUAAGUGAGGGGGUCUUCAAGUGUCCAGAAGAUCAGCUGCCAUUGGACUAUGCCAAGAUCUACCCGGACCCGGAGCUGGAGCAGCAGAUCCUGGCGCUGCCAAUCCGCUGCAUCCACAGUGAGGAGGGCUGCCGCUGGACUGGCCAGAUGAAGCAGCUGCAGGGCCACUUCUCCACCUGCGCCUUCAAUGUGAUACCCUGCCCCAACCGCUGCUCCGUCAAGCUGACACGCCGCGACUUGCCCGACCACCUGCAGCACGAUUGCCCCAAGCGCAAGGUCAAGUGCGAGUUCUGUGGGAGCGAGUUCACCGGUGAAGCCUACGAGAACCACCAGGGCGUGUGUCCUCAGGAGAGCGUCUACUGUGAGAAUAAGUGCGGGGCGAGGAUGAUGCGUCGUCUGCUGUCCCAGCACAGCUUGUCCGAGUGUCCCAAACGCACGCAGCCCUGCAAGUACUGCGGCAAGGAGUUUGUCUUUGACACUAUCCAGAACCACCAGUACCACUGCCCUCGGUUUCCUGUCCAGUGUCCGAACCAGUGUGGCACACCCAACAUCGCCCGAGAGGACCUGGCUAACCAUGUGAAGGACAACUGCGGCAGUGCUCUCGUUCUCUGCCCCUUCAAAGAUGCUGGCUGCAAACACAGGUGCCCCAAACUGGCUAUCGGACGUCACCUUGAAGACACCACUAAGUCUCACCUGACUAUGAUGUGUAACUUGGUGGGGCGUCAGCGGCAGGAGAUCCUGGAGCUGCGGAGAGAGAUGGAGGAGCUGUCGGUCAGUCAUGACGGCGUUCUCAUCUGGAAGCUCAACGACUACUCGCGCAAACUCCAGGAGGCCAAAGUCAGAAGCAACCACGAGUUCUUCAGCCCGCCCUUCUACACCCACCGCUACGGCUACAAGCUGCAGGUGUCGGCCUUCCUGAACGGUAACGGCAGCGGGGAGGGCUCCCACCUCUCAGUCUACAUCCGCGUGCUCCCCGGAGAGUACGACAGCCUGCUGGAGUGGCCCUUCUCCUACAAGGUCACCUUCUCAAUCAUGGACCAGAGUGACCCCUCGCUUUCCAAACCCCAGCACAUCACUGAGACCUUCAACCCCGACCCCAACUGGAAGAACUUCCAGAAGCCCAGCAGCAGCCGCAACUCGCUGGACGAGAGCACCCUAGGCUUCGGCUACCCCAAGUUCAUCUCUCACGAGGAAAUAAAGAAGAGGAACUACGUCCGAGACAACUGCAUCUUCGUCAAGGCUUCUAUAGAGAUCCCCCAGAAGAUCAUGGCUUAAGAAAAAACCCUUUUUUCUCUUUUUAUGAAGGAGAAAGAAGGAUUAGGAAUGGAACUGACACUUAACCUUGAAAACUUCUACACACUUACCCUUUAGAUACCUUCUGCCCUUGCAGCCUCUCCACCACAGAGCUUGAAGCGAGUCUGUUUGGCUGUGUGAGCUGACUUGGAGGAACUGGAUAUAUCACAGAGGAGAAAGUGUUUGGUCUGCAGAGCCAUCACUCUCUGGUCUUUCUUUUUUCAUUUGUAUCUGUUUGCUGACCUUUUAUCACAGUCUACGACAAAAAAGCCUUGGAAAUCAAACAGUGCCUAGAGAGUUUAUCUUAAGUUAUAUUUUUGUUGUUAUUUCCGCAGUAGAGAUGUUAAAGAUUAUGGAAAAGAUAUGAAAUAGGGGUGAAGGGCUUCUCUAAGCCUCUGCACUUACAGAGACAGUUAGAAGCUGGUUAGAGACGUCCCAUUGGGGUGAUCUGAAGAAGAGGGAGCUCAGCAGACUCAAGCUCAAGCCCAACUGCCUUUUGUUUACAUGCUCAUACAGUAUACACCCUCUGAACCCUCUACAAACAGAGCCCUCGUGAGAGACUUCUGACGUUUGUGUACACACAAACACCAAUCGAUGCUUUUGAGUGAGAAACUUGCAGCUUCAAUCAAUUUUUUUUUUUACGGAGUUGCUCUAACAUUUUGGAUGAGUUGAAUAAGAUCAAUACCAUUCUCAUAUGUGUUUUCUGAAUAUGAGGCUUAAUCUAGCAUAUUGUUUAUCUAGCUUAGCACAAUAAAUGAAACUAUCUCAAGCUCAAUCAUCAAAAUUCUCAGAAACAAAAACUGAAGUGUAAAAAUCUGAUUUGUUGAUUUUAAUCGGGAGUAACAAUUCAUGUUUCUUGUUUGAAAUGUAUAGCUGUUUCUGCUUUUCCUAGUCUUCAUGCUAACUGGGCUAAGCUAACUGCCUUUUGGCACUAGCUACAUGUUUGAAGAUGUAUUACUUUUUUAAGCACAUAUUUUCAAUCUCAACAAGCGUGAAUGGAGAAUUGAUAACAUGUUUAGUAGUGUAACAUAAAAAACAGCUAGCGUACCUGGCUCUGUACAAUCAGAACAAAAUAAAUCUACCAAGACCAGGCUAACUGUUAUGCUAGGCUAAGCUAAAUGGCUGAUUGCUGUAGCCGUACAUUGAACAGAACAUUUAGUUCAGCACAUUGACAAACAUGUUUAGUAUUAACAAGAAAGAUAUAAAGUUGUAUAUAAGUAAGCUUAAGAGUAUUUGAAAAGUAGUGUUUAUCAAUUUUAAACAAGCAAGUUGUUCAUCCUCUUCCCACUUUUUAUGCUAAGCUAAUUAAGGUCAAGUGUUGCCGGAUAUAGCUUCAUAUAUUAGAAGACAUGCAUGAGAGUGGUCAAUCUGCUCCUCUGACUCCCAGUAAAAAAGUGAAUCAUCAUAUUUUCAAGAUGUCAGACAAUUGACAGUAGCCUUUAUAGAUCUUUGGUUUAAGUUGUCUGUUUAUGUUUUUAGCCCAAAAACAAUGAAGUUACAAUUCUGUCUCUUCUUGUUAACUGCUCUUAUCCCAGAUUCUGUCUGUGACUUUGUAUUUGUCAGUAGUUCGACCCUGCCCUGAAGCUUCAGAAGCGUGCAGAUGUACCAAACACACACGUCAUAAAGACCAUUAUGAGGUUUUGUGUCUUUUGUGGAGUUAACCAAUAGGAAAAAAAACUAAAAAGCACCUUUCGUCAGUCUUCUGAUGAGCAGACAAAGAGGCCAGUUGUUAAGAGAACACGCGCAUUUAAUAGUGAAGGAAAAGCCAUGUGGCCUUUUUAUACUGUACGUCUUCGCAUGAGGGUUUUAGGGGUGAGCAGGGCAACAUAAACACAUGCAUGCUUCAUGUGCAACCACCUGGACCACAUUUUUGUACUGUAACCUGUAAUCUUGAAAUCCCUCUUGUUAACGGCUAUGUUGUCUCUUUUUUUGGACCUUUUUGAAAGUUGACGAAUUGUCAAAAUAAUACUUUUUUAAGUUUUAUGUUUUUAUACACAGAAAAUGUGAAAGCUGUUGGUUAUAUAACCUAUAAAGACAAUGAACACUUGGCUGUGAAGUGUAUUGUUUUACUAAGCCUGGGCGUGGAUGGUUUGAAAAGAAACAGGUGGGUGUCUCUGAACCAACUACACCUUCGCUGUUACCAUGGUCACUGGUUUCUAUCUGCAACUUGGCGAUGAGGAGCGUUUGGAGGGACGCUGCCCUGUGCGAUACAUUUGUCUCCAUCACAAUACCAUCUGAGAGGUGGAGGACUUUUGUGAUACAGUAUGCUCAUGAUGUAUGUGAAUACUUAUGUAAAAAUGCAGAAGCACAUUCUGUUUUUUCAUUAUUAUACAUGGGGGGGAAAAAAAAAUCCAGAUUUUUGUCAUAAUACCAGCUGAUAUUUUACAGUGAUUUAAAGAAGUGAGAAGUUAAAAAAAAAACAAAAAAAAAACUUUUUUGUAAGAUUCUGUAUUUUUCAAAAUACUUAGCUGUUUUAUACAAACACUUUUUGUUGGAGAGUCGGGGUUGACUUUGGGAAUUUUCAGACCCUGCUUCUCUCGGACAUUUGGAUAAUUCGUUUGUACUUGUGGUUUGAGCCUCACAUAUUCUGUCUGUAUUAUUUCCUCUUAAAAGUAUUUAUUUUAAGGAGCUGUCAUGUGACUGCGCUGAUGGCAGAAUUGUUUUAAUAUGUUGAUUGAUGAGUGCUUGUCAAUUUCAUAAUUGAAAUAAAAUACCAUAUAUUAUA